AUGUCGUCGGAUAAGCCUACAGAGAAUCCAUGGGAUAAAGAGACGAGUCAAAAGUUUGAAAGCAAACGCCCAGGAGAAUACUUCGACCCCUGUCAAGAAGCAGCUUCAAGAAGUCUGAAAUGUUUGGCUCGAAACGGAGGUGAUAGAGAUAUGUGUACGGACUAUUUCCAAGCAUAUCGAGACUGCAAGAAGCAAUGGAUCGAGCAACGAAAGGAAGCCAAAAGGAAAGCGGGGUGGUUCUCUUCAUGA